GAAUCCUGAAUUGCCUUAAUCUGAUGUUUAUACCAAGAAAAGUGAACAAAAACACACGAUAAAGCAGAGUUUACUGGGAUCCAACCCACAUAUUUUUACUCCUCCUUGAAUGUCCAACCCCUUUAUAGCCCCCACAUUCCAUUGAAUACUAUGUUUGCCUUCUUCCACUCCACCAGAGCUGCUUCUCUACUUAGUAGGACAGAACAUCUAAGGUUCAGAAGUUGACAUCAUGAAGGUGUUUAUUGUAUCAGUUGUAUUUGCGGUUGCAUUGCUGUCUGGAUUUUGCACUGCAGGGCCUGCUGAGUUAUCUGUCACUACUAUAUUGCAAGAACCGUUCACCAUUACCACAGGGUCUGACCUGGAGGGAUACUGCAUGGACCUGCUGGCGGAGCUCGCCAAGAAGUUGGGCUUCAAGUACAAAGUGCAUCUGGUGAAGGAUGGCAAAUACGGGAAACAGGACAAGAGCGGCAACUGGUUUGGGAUGAUCGGCGAGUUAGUCCGAGGGGAGGCUGACCUGGCUGUUGCCCCACUCACCCUCACCGCCACCAGGGAACAGUCAGUGGAGAUGAGCACCCCCUUCAUGCAGACAGGCAUCAGCUUCAUCCUGAGCAGGGAGCUAGGCACCGAGGAGGGCCACUCCUUCAGCUUCCUCCUCCCGUUCUCCACGGCGAUGUGGGUGGGCAUCAUCGUGGCCUUCCUGGUGACCGGCCUAUCCAUUUUCCUGGUGUCCAGAAUAAGCCCCUCCGAGUGGGCUGACCCCGAAACAGAUGAACACAGCUUCACCCUCAUGCAUAGCUUCUGGUACAUCACCGGAGCCCUGACCCUGCAAGGCGCCGGGCCACACCCAAAAGGUCUGUCUGGUCGUGUUGUCAGCGCUGUCUGGUGGAUGUUUGCUGUGGUUCUCCUGGCCUGCUACUUCAGCAACUUCAGCGCUAUGCUACGCUCGGACAACAAACACGUCUCAGUGCAGAACUUCGAGGAGCUGGCCAAGCAGGACGUGAUCGACUACGGAACAGUCGAAGGCGGCUCCACGUUCAAUUUCUUCAAGAACUCCAACCACCCCACCUACCGACGCAUCUACCAGCACAUGGAGAGGAAGAAGAGCUGCGUGGCCUCCAUGGAGGAGGGCAAUCGCCGCGCCCUGGAGGGCAACUACGCGUUCAUCGGCGAGGCGGCGUCCCUGGACGCGGGCCGCCACUGCAACCUGAUCCGCAGCCCCGACCUGAUCGCCAUGAGGGGCUACAGCAUCGCGGCGCCCCUCGGCUUCACAAUGAUGAAGAACAUUACCAUGGCCAUUUUGCAGCUCAGUGAGUCCGGGGAGUUGGCCUACCUGCAGGAAAAGUGGUGGGCCAACAGCUGCAUGCCAGAGGGAGACCGGGCGACAGAGGCCCUCCAGCCCCACAUCUUGAGGGGCCUGUUUCUGCUCCUGGCCCUGGGAUUGGGGCUGGGUCUCCUCAUGGCCCUCCUGGAGCUUGCCUCCAAGGCCCGCAGUCAAGCCAAGGACCAGAAGAAAUCCUGCUGCUCCGUGUUGUCGGCAGAAUUGAGUCAGCGUUUCGGGUCGCGUGGGGUGAACCAAAGCACAGACACACCAGAGAAGGGCAAAGCAUAAAGGAUGUGUUUCACCGUCUGGUACUGAACAGCACCCUACAGCUGGAUACAAACAAACCACCUGUAAGGACCCUCGUCCUGUCCUUGAAAGAAGCAGUAUGUCCCAUAUCAUGGGAUGUCUAAAUCUGUUGGUUUUAUAGUUUAGCACAUAGCUGCUUGAUCCUCACAUGUGAAUACAAUGGCAAGUCAGAAUAUAUCCUCAUUAGAGUAUUCUACUAUACUGUAGAUGCCACUUUGAAAAGGAAUGAGACGGCUAUAGAAAACAGCAACAAUAGCAUGUCUUGCCCUUAGAGAGCAUGACCCUCCCACUGUAGAAAUAAACUACUGAGAGAUUAAUAGACAUAUUAAGUUGAUACAGGCUUUGCAACUAACCUCCAGAUAAGUGUUUUUACCAACUGAAUAUUAGCUUUUUAAAUGAACGCUUUUUCUUGUGCUGCCAACAUAUCUAAAAUGUGCUACUAAAUCACAUUUGAUGGCUUUUUAAAUUGUUUCAUUAUCUUUUCUCUGUAAUAUUUUACUUAACCUGUUUUUUUUUUACUGUCCACUCAGUAAUACACAUAUAUUUCUUAGUUAAACAUUUUUCACAUCUAUAUUCUGUCAAAAGAAUGAAUGGGUAGAAAAAAUAAAGUUUUUUUCAUAUUCUAUA